UCGCAGAAGAUGACGGCUUCGGAGCAGGCAGGAGAGAAGAGUGCGACUGCUGUCCAAAGUCGAUCGGUCGAAGUGCAGAAAGACUCUGGCGUGAAAGCGUGGUCUCAAGUCGUGGGCGCUUUCUGCCUGUACUUCAACACAUGGGGUGCUUACGGAAGUUUUCAAUCUUUCUAUGAGGAAGAUCUGUUGAAGUCGAAUAGCUCUUUCCAGAUCUCGACGAUUGGCUCUCUGCAAAGCUUUCUGCUUGUCUUCCUGGGGUUCCUGGCUGGACCUCUCUACGAUGCUGGAUACAGCCGACAUCUGCUUUCGUGUGGCUCGGUAUUGAUUGUUGUGGGAACCAUCGCUCAGAGUUUCUGCACGCAGCUGUGGCAGCUGCUGCUCGCACAAGGCCUGUGCAUUGGCCUCGGAUGUGGAUGUCUGGCAGUCUUGAGUGUCGCGAUCCCAAGUCUCUGGUUCACGCACCGCCUCCCGCUCGCAAAUGGCAUCGCUGCGUCAGGUAGCGGUCUAGGAGGUAUUAUUUUGCCCAUUGUCGUCAGGAACCUGCUUGGCCAAGUUGGCUUUGGCUGGACGGUUCGCGCGAUCGCACUCAUCGUGUUGGCGCUUCUCGUGUGUGCCAACCUACUCCUCCGUGUGCCUCAGCCGGCCAAGCAGAGACGGCGUCUCAUUGAUGUGGAUUCGUUGACGGACUGGCCUUAUGUCUGCUUCGUGAUGGGGUGCUUCUGCGUAUUCCUGGGAAUGUAUACGCCGUUCUACUACGUGGCGAGCUUUGCGCUCCGGACUGGCCUUGCCUCCGAAAGGGCGGCUCUAUACAUUGUUACGGCAAUGAACGGUGGCUCGAUCCCGGGGCGUAUCAUUCCCGCUUUUUUUGCUCAGCGUUUUGGCCCCUUGAACAUGAUCAUCCUGACCACGAUUGCGCUGGCAGCUUGCGGGCUGGGCUUUCUUGGUGUGGGAAGCACGGCAAGUGUCUAUGUCGUGGCUGUGUUGUAUGGCUUCUUGAGCGGCACUUUCUUCGCUCUACAACCGACUGUAUUCACGCGCCUGACCUCGAAUAUGGCUGUGCUUGGAACCCGCUUUGGCAUGGCGUUUACUGUUCUUUCAGUUGCUCUGCUUUUCGGAACACCCAUCGCCGGCGCUUUACAGGGUCCAGGUGGCUAUGACGCGUCGUGGAUAUGGGGAGGAGCCACGCUGUUCGCCGGAAGCUUGUUCAUAUGUCUCGGAAGAAUGUUGAAGGCGGAUUGGAAGCCUUGGAAACGGUUGUGA